GUAACCCUAAUGAAAUUGUGUUUCGGGCAUCCUCGCAGGCUAUUACACAUCAUUCAGCAGGUGUUCGUAAAACACAUCUAGAAUGGCGGUGAUCUCUAGUCUAGUUGACUGUCGUGGACCAGUUUCGACAGCAGUGAAGAAUAUUUUAUGAUUCCAAUAACAGUCACUCACAGAAGAUGCAGCAAAGCGAGAAAUGAAAAUUUGACUGACUCGUUUAAAAUUAGAAUGACUUGACUGGAAAUUAACUUUUUGGAAGAUUUUAACGUUUUGAAGCUUUCUAUUUAUUUGCUAUUUAUUUAGUCAUUUUUUUCUGAAACUGUAGAAAAAAUAUAACGAAUUUAAUUUUUUUUUUUGAUAAAAAUGUUGUGAAUUAUUGCUAGAAAAAGAAGAUACAUUUUAUACUAUAUGUGAAGUUUUCGUUAAUUAGAUCACAUUUCAAAAUAUAUAUAGAUCAAAAUGAGCUUAAAGUGAUGUAUACAGUUUAUUACACUUAGUCUAAAUACAAUCCUAAUUUUCAAUCUUUCUCAAGCAAUAAUGAUAAUCAAACGACAACAAGCAUAAACAUAAAAAACCUUUUAACUCUAAGAGAUAAGGGUAACAAUGGCCAUAUCGCCAACAGCGAAUGGCUCUGCCAACAGGCCAAUGACAUUAGCUCCUCCGUCUAUGGGAAGGCCUAGAAAAUAUAGUUUACCAGUUAUCUAUCCGAGACCAUCUUUGUCAGUUUAUGCUGCAGCUGAAAACACGAAAGAAUCUAUGUCUCGUCGGAGGAAAUUUAGUCAAGUCGGACAAGUCGUUGGUCACAGACUGUCCACAACCAUUGGAUGGCGGAGUCCCAUAUCACAACAUGAUGUCGUGAAUCAAGCCAAAAGUCUUUGUGGUCGAUAUCUUCGCACCAAACUUCGUUCCUGUUCGGCUGUCCACAAGAAAUUAGGUCUACAGAGGCUGAAAAGCGUCAGUAACCUUGCUUGUGGAUCCAACACGGCAGAAAUAGCUAAUGAGCUUCGUUUGCUGGCGAACGAGCUCGAAAACUCUCAUCCAAAGCUAUUCCAAAGCGUUGCUUCUAAUCUCGGUCUACAUAACAUGCCAUCAGAAGCUGUCGUCCACAGCGUUUUCGCAUCAGUUGCUGAAGAAAUCUUUCGAAAUGGUGUGACGUGGGGAAGGAUCGUAGCACUUUUUGCUAUGACAGGAGCACUUGCCAUGGACUGUGUAAAGGCAGGUCAUCCGGAAUAUGUUUUAGGAUUGGUGCAACGGAUGGGAAUCUUCGUCGAAAGAGAUUUAGCACCAUGGAUAUGCCAGCAAGGUGGAUGGGCGACAUUACUGACAAGAUUCAAGAAGGACAGUACAACCAACUAUGCUAAAGAGGUUAUUUGCUUCUUUUUCGUAGCAGUCUUCAUUCUCAUUGCCUGGUGGAUUUUUGUUUACUAAUUCAAUCAUUCCCAUUCUCCUCUGUUUGUUUUUUGUAAAUUUUAAAACUGUUUUGAGAAUAAAAUAAGUUAUUUACGA